UUUUUUUUUGUUUUUUAAGGAAUUUUUCUUUUUUUUUCGCUCAAAGCAUAAAAAUAUCUGCGUGCAAUUAGUUUUCCGUUUUGGGCCAAUCACAAAUCUUACAUCAACAGAUUUAACUUUCCAAUCAUUCAUCUGGUUAUAUAAAGGAAAGCGAUUUUUCAUCUCUUCGUCGUGACACUCAACAGUUUUAAAGCCUUGCCGGUGUCCCUUGAUUAUCCUGGUUUUUUGUUUUUCCGUCUUUUGGUUCGUUUGUGUAAGUUUUGCACCCUGGAUCUGGUCUAAUUUCCUGUUUAAGUUAUCUAAGAAUGAGUGUAAUACUGUCGAAGAAUAUGUUCAAUAACCAGAUUAAUUCGUUCACUCCAAGCCAUAUAAGAUCUAAUUCUUAUAACGAGUUGUUAAAUCAAUUUAAGAACAAAAUCACUUCAAAAGAUGGGAAAUUACCUCCAAUGACCACUGGAUUCCAUCAUUCCACUUCAGCUUCUACUCCAGUAACUGCUUUAAUGGGUAAUUCAAAACAUUUUUAUACGAAGAAAAGAUCUUAUAGUGAUUUGAUGAGAGAAUCAUCUAAUGAAUUUGAAAAUGAUUUAAAUGAUACAAAAAGGUCAAGAACUGCUCCUCCUUCUCCUCCAUUAGAGAGUAAAAACACCUUUCCUUUAAUAAGGAAAAGAAGUACUACUCAAAGAGCAAGAUCAUUAUCACCAAUUAGGAGAGCUUUCAAUCCGAUUUCUCCUUCUAAUUCUCCAUCCAAUUCGCCAAUUGUCACCCCGGCAAAAGCAUCCAUUAUAAAUAAAAAUGAUUCGAUUAAUACUAACUCUUUGAAUUAUACAACUACUAAUUCAACUGCUCCAACUUCAAAUACUUCUUCAAUGUCAGAACCAAAAGUUACUUUGCCUAGCAUCAUGACCGCUUUAAAUGCAGCUCCCAUCACUCCAAAGGCUCCAAUCAAAUUAAAACCAAUCACUCCAACCGUGUCGUUAGAUUAUUUCGAUACUUAUAAACCAAAUGAUGAAAAUUGGAGAUAUGAAUUAUUAGAUAGCAUUAAUCGUUCCUCAAAACAUUUUAAUUUAAAUCAAUAUAAUUACCUCAAUAAGCAUGUUUCAAAAUCAUCUAGCAUUGAUACUUCCCCAAAUCUGUACUAUAAUAAUAAUACUAAUAUUAAUAAUAAUUCUGCAUCAUCACUUCCUUCUGCAUUCAAACCACAAUUCGAUUCGAGAAUUAGCUCUAAAAUUAGAGAUAAUACUAAACCAACCUUAAUUCCAAAAAUUGAUAUUUAUUCAGAAAGAAAAAUUGAUUUUCCUUAUGAAUCUAAUUAUACUUAUUUAAAUAAAACUUAUUUAAAUGAUGUUGAAAAAUAUCCUGAAUACUUAGAGUUGGCCCAAUCUUUAAUUCAAUUAUCUCAACCUCAAUCUAAAAAGGAUGAUUUCAAGCCUUUCCAUCAACAACAACAACAACAACAACAACAACAACAACAACAACAACAUCAACAACAACAACAUCAACAACAACAACAACAACAACAACAACAUCAACAACAACAUCAACAACAACAACAACAACAACAACAACACUACGCUCAUUACAACAAUCAAUACUCACCUUCUUCAGUUAGAUUUCCUAACGUCCCUCUCGCAAUGCCUUUCAUUGCUCAACCAAAUUAUCAAACCCAACCUGCAAAUCCCCCCGCUUAUACUCCAAACUUAACUUCUCCUUCUUCAUCCCGUUUACCAAGUAUUCACCAGGUUAGCUCUAAUAACUCUGGCUACUUGAAUGUGAUCUCAGAAACCCCAAAUACUCCUACUAAGAAUACAACUUUCCAACAAUAUCAAUCUCAACAUCCUCAUUAUCAUCACUAUCAAUCUCAACAACAUAACCAUACAAAAUUCAUUCCAGUUACUCCUCCUUCUGCCAAAUCCAAAUCAAGAUCUGACUUAUUAAAGUCUCCGCCUAAAACUCAUUCAAAUCAUAACCAUAACCCUCGUGUUUGUAUUUCUUGUGGUUCAGACCAAUCUCCUUGUUGGAGACCUUCUUGGUCAAUUAAAGAAGGUCAAUUAUGUAACUCUUGUGGUUUGAGAUAUAAGAAAACUUCAGCAAGAUGUUUGAAUAAAGAUUGUAAAAAAAUCCCAGCUAAAGGUGAAUGGUCUCUUAUGCAAUCAAAGGGUAAAACUCAAUUCGAUGAUGGCAAUGAAGGCUUCAGUUGUUUGGAUUGUGGCUCCAAAGUUGAAGUUAAAAAAUAGACUCACCUUAAAUCUUUUCAUUACAGCUUUUCAUUUCAUAUAACCGUCUUGAAAGAUUAGUGGUCUAGCUCUAGACUUAAUUCUAGUUAAUCUGACCGUGGCAAUUUUUCACUGGUUAUUUUUACUAAGAAUUUACUAUAUAUAAGUGAUUUCUACAAGGUUGUUAAUACUCCCAUAUGUGGUUCGUUUGGUCUUAUUUCAUCAUUUCUUCUUUAUUUUGC